AUGAAUACGGAUUUGUCCACAAUGGCCAUCCCUACGGGGUUCACCUCCACGGAUCACCACCAUCUUCAUCGCCAUGAGAAUGCAAAAGAUCCUUCCACUAUUGGCAACUCUAAUACGACCAGCACAAAUAGCGAUGAGGAUAACGUCAGUGCCGCUAGUGCUGGCACCACUACAAAUGCCGCCUCUGUCGGCGCCGGCAUUGCUUCUGCCGAGGGUAACAACGCCCUCGCUCAAAGUAUCAGUCCCAAAAAUGUUUAUAAUAAGAACAAUAAUAGUAACAGCACUGUUACUACUGCACAGCCUGCUAUAACGAUAACACCAGCGAUGGGGAACACCGAUUACAAGAGUAUACCCAUUAACAACAUGAACAUGACCUUCAAUAACAGUGGCUCUAACAACAACAACACGACGACGACGUCGUCGUCGAAUAAUAUUAAUGCUUCGUCCGCCUCCCAACAGAUGGCAAAGUUACGUAGAGAUUCUAUUGCUCAUUCGCAAGGGAUGGGUGGUGUCUCAUGGGGGUCCCUGACUAUCGGGUCCUGGUUAAGGGAUGAAGUCAUGUUUAAUGCUACGAUGAAACAACAUUCGAACAACACAUCAAGAUCUAAUAGUAACAUUCUGGCAAAUGCACCUAUCGAUUAUCGUCGCCUGUCCACUAUUAAUAACACAUCGACUAACACAGGUAAUAAUGCCACGACAUCAAGAGAAUCGGUUGGUGGUUCCGUAAAGAAAUUUACACCGAACUCGCCACCGAUCUUCGCACAAUCUGCGUACUUGCCAUCUCUCGAAGAACAAUACUGUAAGGAUUAUUCAUGUUGUGGGAUUUCAUUGCCUGGUUUACAUGAUCUGUUGAGACAUUACGAGGAGGCUCAUAUUAACCCUGGUGGUACAGGUGUUGGGGGUGCUAUGCUAACACCUUCUGCACCGAUCGCCCCUGGUACAACUGCUCAAGGGUUCUCGAUGGCAUUCAACAAGAGAAAAUCUCAAACACAACAGCAAAAUUCGGCUACGUCGACUGUAAGCCCCGCAACAUCAACCGCUAAUGCAACAUCUUCAAGUGCAAGUACUGCUAAUGCAACCACGCCCCAACCACAACUGCAUAGACAAUCAAUGACACAGAGACAGCACGGCUCGAAGAUGACUCAAACUAAAACUCAACAACAUAAUGUUCAAGUACCAUUACAAGUACCGAAAAACAAUAACACUACAAUGGAACAAAAACAUAUCAUACAACAGCAGUUGAAACCACAGAAUAACAAGACCUCUAUGGCUUCAACGGCAAAUGUCACUAAUCAGUCAACGGCUAUGAAACAGCCUACAACAGAUUCUCAAUUGUUUAUCAAUGGCAAUAUGAAUAGCAGCGUAUCUACCAAUGAAGUAUUCUUGUCAUCGAACAACAAGAACGGGAAUAAUGGUAGUAGCACAAAUAACAAUAAUAAUAAUAAUAACAAUAAUAGGAAUAAGAUUAAUCCGGAUUUUACUUUUAAUGUCACGGAUGGUAAAAACAAUAAUACUGCGACGAUUAUCAAUAAUGCUACAAGUCAUUACACUACUACUAACUCUCAUAACAAUUCAGUCGACUUGAAUUUCAUGGAUGAUGAUCUCUUAACAAGAAUGGGAUUGCAUGCUAAUGAUCCAUUAUCUGUCAGUUCAUAUGUGCAAAAUUCGAGGCAAAAUUUCAUCAACAAUCAACAACAGUCUAACCAACAUGGUAAUGAUAUGGAUGACGAUGAUGACGAUGAUGAUGAAGAUGAUGACGACGACGAUGACGACGAUGACGAUGAUGACGACGAUUUGAUGUCUGGUACUACCAAUACAGGCAAUAAUAAUCAUUCUACAACACAUACAUCCCCAUUGAAUGGCAAUAUUAAUGGUAACACAAACAUUCAGAGUAGUCAUCUCGAUAUAAAUUUUAAUAAUAUGACAAACGUUCCACAAAAUGGAAUAUUUGGAGAUUUUAAGGAUCCUGGUAUGUUAUUGUCGUUACAGUCCCAAGGUAAUGGUAGAGGUAAUCAAAAUUUGAUCAACAAUCAAAAUAUGAAUAGAAACUUCUCCAUCAAUAAGCCUAAUAAGCAAGGAUAUAUCGAUGAUCCAGCUAGAAGAUUAUACGUAAUGGAUCAUGAAGAACAUAAACCAUUUAAAUGUCCUGUCAUUGGUUGCGAGAAAACUUAUAAGAAUCAAAAUGGUUUGAAAUAUCACAGAAUCCAUGGUCAUCAAAAUCAAAAAUUGCAUGAAAAUCCAGAUGGUACAUUCAGCAUCUUAGAUCCAGAUUCAAAUGAACCAUAUCCAGAAGGUAUGGGCUACGAAAAAGAUAAACCAUACCGUUGUGAAGUGUGUGGUAAACGUUACAAGAAUCUAAACGGGUUAAAAUAUCAUAGAGGUCAUUCGACGCAUUAG